AUGACUCCGCAAGCAUCAGCCGAUCAGCUCCGCGACCAGGAACCGGAACGCCGCCCUGGCAAGAGACCAGCUCCACGCGGAACCGCCUUCUACCCGCGAAAACGGGCCAAUACGGCCUGUCAAGUGUGUCGGAGCAGGAAGACCAAGUGUGACAACCUCAAACCCACAUGCUCAUACUGUCUCAGCGUCGGGGCGAACUGCAUUCAGUCCCCAGUCGAUCUAUCGGCAUUUGACCCCGCAAGUCUAAAGAUUCUCGAGCGAUUGGAUGAGCUGGAAAGGCUUCUUCGCGAUACGCGAGACAAUGCUUCUCAUGCGGAACCAGCUGUUAGUGUCGUGCAAGCAAAUGAUCACGUCCAGGAAUUGUCCCCUGUUGAAGAGUCUCCCAUCGAGGAACUAGACCCUUCGCCUAUGAGUGACAUACCAUUGAGAAGUAUCUUGCCUGAAAAGAUGGAAAGCCUCCUCCUAUGGUCCGUCCUCUCACGGGAUAUGUCAGCCCAUGCAACCCUUCAGAACGAUGCUCCUCAGCCAUCACCGUCCUAUUCACCCGGUUGCAACUCAUUAGCCGACAUAGCGGAUUUAGAUACCCAGGGUGUGAAGGCGCUCUUGGAUAAUUUCUUUGCGCACGUACACUGCAAGAACCCAAUCCUGGAGGAAGCAGCCGCAAGAAGGGUGGUCCUCAAUGUCGUUAUUGAGGGCAUUGAUUGGUCACCAGGGUCAUGUCUAACAUUGAUCAUUUGCGCUUUGGGGAAAAUAGCUACAUCACUCGAUGCUACUUUCCAUCUAAGACCUGACUCGACACAGUACCUUGAGGCUCAAGCGUUGUUUCAAGCCGCACAAAAGAGAAUCGGAACUCUCAUGGCUCGAUCCGAUAUCAUUUCCGCGCAAUGUUUCUUUUUAUCCGGUGUUUUUCUUAUGAGCACUUUCAGGCCAUUCGAAGCCUGGCGAUAUUUUUCACAGGCGCUAGCAACGUGCCAAACCUUGCCCUUUUUGCAAAAGGCACAAUUCUUAAGCGCCUCAGACGGGCCUGAGUUUCCAAGACCAGAGCUGGGGGAAACACAACAAGAAGCUGUGUACUGGUCUGCUUGGAAGUCUGAGAGGGAAUUGAGAGGAGAACUAUCGCUUCCUGACUUUAGCAUGCCUUAUGCUUCGAGCGUGUUGUAUCCACCGUUCUUCCCCACGCCUCCACAUCCCCUAGAGUCAACCAAGACGACUGCGUCCAGCAGACAACAUACAGCCUGGCUAUUUUAUCUAUCCGAGAUCUCGCUCAGGCGACUUUCCAAUCGCACCUGCAAUGAUAUUCUCGAGCUACAUCGCGCAUCACCCUCAAAUGUGGAGUUUCUGAAGCAACUUGCUCUCAUUAUACCAGCCUACGAGGCUCAGGCGAACGAAUGGUCUGAAAGCCUCCCACCAGAACUCUCAAUCACAUCGAACCCCAACCAAGACAACGUAUGCUGUUUUGUUCUCCGCGGCCAUCUUGUAAACUUCUUUGAGCGGCUCUACUGGCCCUUUGUGAUGGCCCAUCUCGCCGCUCUAGAAGGAGAAAUGACUACACCCGUCCCAGGUCUUCAAUAUGUAACAAAAGGUUUGGAGUAUCACGUGUUGAAUGUUGAUGUGAACCAAGCUGGUUUCUUGCAUCGUCAUCACGGAACAUGGUUCAUGAUCCGAGCCCUUGUCCGGUCUGCAACGGUCCUGCUUGCAGCUCGGCGAUUGGGCUCGGUAAUGCCGAAUGGCUGGCGAGAAGCGUGUGAGAGAAUUAUGCAGGUUUUGAGAGCAUGGGAGGAUGAUGUAGCAGGGUUGUCACAGCAUCGGAUCUUCUUGGAGGAAGUGUUGCAUAAACUUGACGGUUGA